GAUGGCGGCCGCCGUUGGCGGGGAGUCUCGUCUCUAGGGCUGUAACUCUGCUCAUCCCGUUGCAAAAUGUGAGAGGAGAAGCAGUUUGGUGGAGGCGGGUCAUAGGCAAUGAGUCGGCGAAGGAAACUUGGAGACAGCCCCGGCCUGAAGAACACGCCGCACAAAACAGCGGCGGCGGCGGAAUGCGGCUCGGGGGUCGAGCCUGGAAGGAGGCGGCUGAGGUCGGCCCGCGGCUCCAGGCUCACCGGGGCUGGAGUGAGGCCUCCCGGGCCUAUGCGGCAGCAAGAGCAGUCUCCAGCAGCCGCUUCGUGCAGUAAAAGUAACCCCGAGGAAAGGUAUGAAACACCAAAGAGAUUGCUGAAUAUGGAUUUGUUGUCAUCUACCUUCAGUUCUCCUAAUGAUCCAGAUGGACAGAAUGAUAUCUUUUGGGAUCAAAAUUCUCCAUUGACAAAGCAGUUAGGUAAAGGAAGAAACAAACAGAUUUACAUCACAGAUAGUGAUGAGAUUUCACAUAUUGUUAAUCGUAUUGCUCCUCAGGAUGAAAAACCAACAACAAAUUCUAUGCUGGGCGUGUGGAUUGGUGAAACUGCUAUUCCUUGUACUCCCAGUGUAGCAAAAGGAAAAUCAAGAGCAAAAAUCAGCUACACAAAGUUAAAAACACAUAAUCAAGAAGAAGAACUUAUGAAGUUGGCUAAACAGUUUGAUAAAAAUAUGGAAGAGCUAGAUGUGAAUCAAGAGCAAGACAAGAAGAAUUACGAUUUUAUCCAGAUGGUUUCAGAAAAAGAGACUUUAAAUAAUUAUAAAUAUAAUGUACAGAUGGAGUCAUUAUGUAGUGUAGUUCCCAAAAUAGAUAAUGCUGAAAUAAAGAAGCCAAUCAGAGGAAGCACCAAGAUACCUGUGGUAGAUGAUCAAAAUAGCAGUCAGAAGCCAUUUGACCAAAAUGCUGAAGCAGCCUUUAAUGCCAUUUUUGACGGUUCCACUCAGAAAUGUAGUGGACAGUUAAGCCAAGAACUGUCAGAUGCUGUUUUGAACACCAGUGAUACUCCUUUUGAGAAGAAAAAUGCUUUCAUAGCAGAAACAGUCAUUACUAAUGAAACUCUGGUCACUGAAAAACUAUUAAAUGAAACCCUACGAUCACUUUCUCCUCAAGUAGAUACUCCCACAGUGACAAAAUCAUGUGUGACUUUCUGUGCUAAGGAGCUGGAAACUUCUAAUAAGCACAUUGAUGCAUUUACUACCAGUGAUUUUGAGGAUGAUUGGGAAAACUUGCUAGGUAAUGACCCUUUUGUUAUGCAAAAUAUCGACAUGCUUGAACUCUUGAGCCCUUCUAAAACAGCCCAGGUUACUGAUCAAAAAAAAAUUUUUACAUUUAAUAGUAAAAAUGAUCAAAUUAAGUCAAGAGCAAAUACAAGUCUAGAUGCCAGGUUAAUAGAUUCAAAAUUAUUACAGGAUCUUUCUUCAGAGACAUAUAACAGAGAAUUAGUUGAUGCUAGGGAGUAUAGAUUUUCACCAGUUCCAAAUAAAAAUAGAUCAAAUCAAUUGCCAUCCACUGGAAAUAUACUGAAAUUUGAGAACUCUUUCAAUAAAAUUGUUAUUCGAGACAAAAUUCAAGAUUGUGCAGUUGUAUCCAAUCUGACAAAAGUAAAGGAAGGUAGUCAUACCAAAUUUACUUCUAUUGCAAAUGAUUCUGAAAAGAAGUCUGCUUUGAGCACAAGAUACUCUAAUGAGCAGAAAAAGAAACCCAUUAUCAGUCAGUCUAUUAAAACACCUGUUAAUAUUGAUCUUUUUGACUCUGCAGCUCUAGGUAAUGAAACCAGUGUUAGUAACCCAAAUCAGACUAAUGCAUCAAAAUUAGGUUCUUUCUUUGAUGACUGGAAUGAUCCAUCAUUUGCCAAUGAAAUUAUUAAAGCAUGUCAUCAAUUUGAAAAUACCUGGGAAGCAGAUGAUAUAGAGGAUGAUUUGUUGUACCAAGCAUGUGAUGAUGUUGAAAGACUAACUCAGCAGCAAGGUAUUAGAAAGGACAGUAAGACAUCAGAAAGUAUAUGUGAGAUCAAUAAUAAUUCCAAACGUGGAGCCAAAAACAUGUUAACUACAUCUCAAAAAGGACCUCAAGUGAUACAAUCAGAGCUUAUGAAUCUGGGCAGCAUUUCAGUGCAAACAUCUUCCUUGACAGAUAGCUCACAAAUAGAUAAAACAAUGAAGGUGGAGAAAGGGGAAAUGUUUGGAAAUUCAUUUUUAGGUGCUACAACAAAUUUGACUAUGUAUUCUAAGAACUCAGAUUGUCAGAUUAAUUAUCAGCAUGUCGCUUGGAGUAACACUGAUGUUCCAGUACAAAUGAAUAGUUCCAAAUCCAUUCUUACAGGAAGUUCAAGUUUGAAUGUGAAUUUAGAUCAUAUGAGCACAGAAAUUGCUACUUCUAAGAAGAAAUUGAAUACUCAGCAACUAUGCCAUCAUAAGGCCAUAACAGGUGAACCUCAGCACAAUCUGAACAAAACAGUUAGAUUUUCGAAGUAUACAUUUACAAAGAUGAAAAAUCAUCAGAUACUUUCUCAGUUUAAUCAAAAUUGUACAACAGGCAAUAUGACUGAUAACAAAAUUACACAGGGUUUGGAGAAAAAGAAAACUUCCAUCAGUCCAUUACUAGGAGAGGCUGUUCGACAGGAAUCUUUGGAGAACCUUUCUGAAUCUUUUGAACAAUCUUCAAAAGAGGAAGAGGAGAAAAACAGAAAGUGUUCUCCUGAAGAAAUUCAGAGAAAACGACAAGAAGCAAUGGUUCGGAGAAGGGCCAAAGCACGAGCAUCGUCUGUAAACACAGCUCCCACUUAAUUUCUUUAAUGAAAUAGUAGUUGGAGACUUCACAAAGACUGUUGAUAACUAUCUAUGAUAGGAAUUUUUUAAAAAAUUUCUCUGUGAGAAAUGUAAUGCUGGCUUAUAAAGCAUGGACUUCUUUAAUAAAUCAGUGUUUGAAAUGGUAAA